AAAAUAAGUCGUAUAAUAUAUAAUUUAUACCACAUCAUCGGUCUGACUUCUGCCCCCCACCCCAAAUCUCAAACCUCAUCUCACAGCACGCACAGAUGCCAGUGCCAGACACCCUCUGAGCUCGCCAACACAUUUCCCUAGUAUACAAACGCCUUUGUCCCCGUCGAUAUCUUUACGAUUUGGGUUGUUCGGUGCAUAAUUGGUUGUGACAUGGAAGGUUCAGUAGUCAGGAGGGUCAUUCCUUCAGACAACAGUUGCCUCUUCAAUGCUGUUGGGUAUGUUAUGGACCAUGACAAACACAAAGGCCCUGAGUUGAGACAGGUUAUUGCUGCAAUAGUGACUAGUGAUCCAACAAAAUAUUCUGAAGCUUUCCUUGGGAAACCAAAUGAAGAAUAUUGUGUUUGGAUUCUUGACUCAGAGAAAUGGGGAGGUGCCAUUGAGCUUUCAAUAUUGGCAGAUUAUUAUGGACGUGAAAUUGCUGCAUAUGAUAUCCAGACUGCACGAUGUGAUUUGUACGGUCAGAACAAGAGCUAUGAUGAAAGAGUCAUGCUGAUUUACGAUGGGCUCCAUUAUGAUGCUUUAGCUGUAACGCCCAGUGAAGGAGCUCCAGAGGCAUUUGAUCAGACAAUAUUUACAGUACAAAGAGACAGGACCCUGGGGUCCAUUGAUAGGCUUGCCCUUAAUCUUGUUAAGGAACAACAAAGUAAAAGAAGGUUUACUGACACCGCCAACUUCACUUUGCGGUGCGGGGUGUGCCAAAUUGGAGUUAUUGGCCAGAAGGUUCUCUCUCAUCAAGUCAUUAUGCUAGCUUUUUGCUCUUUCUGUCUUCGAAAACUAUGCUCUGGUGCUGAACUUUCAGCAGAUCACUCCUGAGAUUGAAUUGGAUUGUGAAUAUGCAGGAGGCUGUGGAGCAUGCACAAGCGACGGGGCAUGUCAACUUUCAAGAGUAUAGAUGAGAGGAAUUAACCUUGUGAAACAGACCCGAAAUAGACCCAUAUUCUUUCAGUGAACUACUCUAGAGUCGAGACCUAGUUCACCGAGUCCUGCAGCUUGGUCAAUAAUUUACCUGAUUGGGAUUGCUGAAGAUCCAAUAAAAGUGGCAUAAGAUGGGGAACUUCUGUUGUAGAAUGUUGUGUUAUAGCAAUUGAAUGUUUAUUUUUGCCUUUUAUUUGUGAAUUCUCGUGGAUGAAUUGUUAGUACUAUCAGAAGAAGAGAUGUGAGAUUGGUUGCUGUUUGGCUUCUACUCUGCAUCGCGUUUGAUGCAGCGUCCGUAAGUUGAGUUGCUAGGGAUGGUUGUUGGCACUAGUUGUCCACUCUAGCAGCUUCACUUCUCUGGCACAGUAAAUUACUUGCACUGUUAAUCCCAUCAUUUGCUGAAUUUGAAUUA